AUGGUAUUUAGAAGAUCAAAUCCUGCUCCUUCUCGUCUGAACGUUAAAAUAUCCGAGACAAAAGCAAACUUAUUUUCAAAACUCACCUUUUGGUGGAUUAACGAUUUAAUGAGCUUAGGUUAUAAACGUCCUUUGGAAAAAGGUGAUCUAUUUGUUUUGAAUGACGCAAGAACUGCUAAAAUUGUUACAGAUAAAUUUGAAGUAAAAUGGAAAAAAGAACUGCUUAGAUUUGUUAGUGAUACAUUAGCAGCUAUUUCACCUUUGAUUUUAAGGUUAAUAUUGAAAUUUAUCUCUGAUGCAUACACCGCCAACCUUAAUAACGGUGUGCAACCAUCUAAAUAUGUUGGCUAUGUAUUAAUCGUUACCAUGUUCUUAAUGGAGAUGGCUUCUAUUUUUUUGUUUAGCUUAUACUUUUAUUAUGUAAUGGAAACCGGUUUCCUCUCUCGUACUAUCCUCAUAACCAUUAUCCAUCGAAAAGCUUUAGUUUUAAGUGAAAAGGCUAGAAGCUUAUUUACUAAUGGGAAGAUCACUAAUCUAAUGUCUACUGAUACUACACGUAUAGACUUUGUGUGUGGUUACUUUCAUAUGAUUUGGGCCGCUCCUAUUCAAAUUUGUAUAAUAUUGAGUUUGUUAAUAUUUAAUAUUGGGUCAUCUGCAUUGGCUGGUUUUGCUUUAUUGGUGAUAUUGUGCCCUAUGCAAGGGAAGGUUAUGUCAUUAUUAGCACGUACUAGAGCUAAAGCUGCUGAUAUUACUGAUGAACGAGUAAAAUUAACACAAGAAAUUUUGUUAGGGAUUAGAAUGAUUAAAUAUUAUGCUUGGGAAGAUAGUUUUGCAGAUGCUCUUAAUAAAUUAAGAAAUAAAGAGAUUAGUUUGGUUAGGUUUUUGUUAACUAUUAGAGCUACCAUUACAGGUGUUUCAAUG